AUGUUGCAGCAGAUACCGCAGGAGGAGAGUAACGGGGGUGCGCGAAAGGCUUCGAUUUUACCUGGGAAUGGUAGUAGUGGUGGAGAUAGUGGAACUAGCACGACUGCACAGUCAGCCAAUGCUAGUGCACAUGUGCCGUUGCAAAACACAGUAUUUAUCCAUAAGUUGUACAAUAUUCUCGAGGAUGAUGAUUUAAAGGAUCUCAUCUGGUGGUCGCCGUCUGGUACGUCGUUUCUCAUCAGACCAACGGAGAGGUUUAGUAGGGCGUUGGCUACGUAUUUCAAGCAUACCAAUAUUGCUAGUUUUGUUCGACAACUGAACAUGUACGGAUUCCAUAAGGUGUCGAACGAUCAUAACAAGGGUAUUCAGCAACAGCAGCAACAACAGCAGCCAAGCUCCGAAGCAGGCCAGGAUGGUGUUAAAAUUUGGGAGUUUAGACAUAGCAUGGGAAUCUUUAAGCGUGGGGAUAUCGAAGGUCUCAAAUUUAUCAAGCGCAGGUCUUCGAGGAAUAUUGCUGCGUUGAAUGUUAGAAAGAAUUCAAACCCUACACUUUCAACAAACACAGGUGGUCAUUCUCAGGGAGAAGAAUCAGAUUCGGCAAAACAGCAACACGUACCGCAAGUCCAACAACCUCCGCAACAGCAACAACAACCGUUUCAUCCUCAGAUGCAACCACAAUGGCAACGACCUCAAUUUAUCAUUAAUGCCGAAAAUGAACAGCAGCAACAACAACAACAACAACAACAACAACAGCAACAACAACAACCUUUACCACCGCUAAGUAGGACUGACAGCUUUAUCCUUCAUAGGUAUUCGAUUUUCAAUCAACAGUUUCAAUCGCAACAACUGGAAACAAAACUUAGAGAAUUAACUCAAAGUUUCGAUGGACUACGAUACGACUAUUUUAUGCUACAAUACAAGCACGAUGAACUAUUGGAACAACUGAGGGUGCUUAACACGGAUAUGGUCAAGCUAUUGGAUUUCUUACAAAAGUUUGUGACUUUACAAAAGCUGAGCUCUGAAGUUUACCACGAAGCUUCUCUUAAGGACGAUCCAUCCAAAUUACACCAAUUUCAGAAACAUCAGCAGGAGAUGUCCUAUUUGGAACAGGAAAUUCUAAGAUUCAAGGCAAAUUUAAUGCAAAGAUUGACAAAGAAACUUGGAAGCUGUGCAACAACAACAGCAACAAGCGCAAGCACAAGCUACAAGCCCAAGCCCAAGCCCAAGCCCAAGCACAAGCUCAAGCACAUGCACAAGCACAAGCACAAGCACAAGCCCAUGCCCAAGCACAAGCCCAAGCCCAAGCCCAAGCACAAGCCCAAGCUCAAGCACAAGCACAAGCACAAGCACAAGCCCAAGCACAGGCACAAGCUCAAGCCCAAGCUCAAGCGCAAGUGCAACAGCCACCGCAACCAAGCUCGCAUUUCCCUGCAUAUGCACCUAACGUCUUACCGAGAAAUACAAAAGAAUCCGAGGUCUGUAUCCAGAUCAUCGGCACCAUCAGCGGCUGCUUUCGCUCCACAUCUUUUUGCUGUACCUGCAGCUCCAUCGGAAUCCAAUAUUCAACAACCAGGUCCUUUCAUUUCACCACCAGAUUUCGCGGGUCCCCGAAUGAUGAUGAAUCCUUUCGAAACGACUGGGCAAACUUCAUCGGUGAAGCGGAAUAUGAGCAUUCUUAUGGAUCCAUUAUCAUCUGCCCCACAUUAUUCAGGACCUCAAAAUUCUUCUCCUUCCCGCCAUCCUGGUAACCUGGGGUCACAAAUUCCACGAAACCCUUCUCCACUGGUCAACUCAUGUAAGCCUCCAAAGCAGGAAAACGAACCGCCCGCUAAUGAAGUCAGUCAACCAGUGCAGCAAAACUCUUCGACGAAACGUACAACUUUGAAAGAUGGCAUGUUUAUAUUAAAGCCUAAUAAAAAUUAUUCAACAACCGCGAAUAGGAACAUUCAAAAUGACAAUAAUACUGGAACCACCACUGCUAGCAUGCCUCCUACAACAGAAAACGGCAAUAAUGCUGGUUCAGCUAACGAACAGAAUGGUUCAAAGGAUGCUCCACCUAUCGCUCUAUCUUUUAGAACAUUUUACAGCAAUAAUGGUGAUGCAAAUCUAGAGGAUCAAUCCAAGGGCGAAUCAAGUCCCAAGAACCCAUUAGCACGUACUGCACAGGAUGCAACAAUCCAGAACUCAGGGAAAAUUCCAAUAUUUAAAACAUCACAAGGUUAUUCGAAGCCAUCAGACUCCGUGAGGGCGGAUUCGGAUUUGCCCGCAACAAAAGAACCUUCUCAGCACAACAUAAUUAGCCCAGUACCAUCGCGAACAGAUAUCGAAUCUCGCAGAGGGAGUAGCGGGGUGUAUUCUCUGCUGAACAGAGAGGGAUCAGCGCCAGCAUCACCAAUGGGGGAGUCUAGUUCCAACAAAAAAAUCAAACUCUAA